CUCCCCCACCCCCGCCCCCGGUCCCGUCGUCGGGGUCCGGAGCCCACUCCGCCGUCGCCUCUUCCUUUUCGACGCCUCUGCCGCCGCCUGAGGAGGCGAGCCAGCCGGGAGUUACACCGCCACCGCCAGGAUGGAUAGAAUGACAGAAGAUGCUCUUCGUCUGAAUCUGUUGAAAAGGAGUUUGGACCCAGCAGAUGAGCGAGAUGAUGUUCUGGCAAAGCGACUCAAAAUGGAGGGGCAUGAGGCCAUGGAACGCCUGAAAAUGUUGGCACUGCUCAAAAGAAAGGAUUUGGCAAAUCUUGAGGUGCCACAUGAGUUACCAACCAAACAGGAUGGCAGCGGUGUCAAGGGUUAUGAAGAGAAGCUCAACGGGAAUCUCAGGCCUCAUGGAGACAACAGGACUGGGGGAAGGCCAGGCAAAGAAAACAUCAACGAUGAGCCAGUGGAUAUGAGUGCUAGACGGAGUGAGCCAGACCGAGGAAGGCUAACUCCCUCCCCAGACAUCAUUGUUUUGUCUGACAAUGAGGCUUCCAGUCCCCGUUCCAGCUCCCGAAUGGAAGAAAGGCUCAAAGCAGCCAACCUAGAGAUGUUCAAGGGCAAGGGCAUUGAAGAACGACAGCAGCUCAUCAAGCAGCUGAGAGACGAGCUGCGUUUGGAAGAGGCCCGACUGGUGCUGUUAAAGAAACUGAGGCAGAGUCAGCUACAGAAAGAGAACGUGGUCCAAAAGACUCCAGUUGUACAGAAUGCAGCAUCUAUUGUUCAGCCGUCUCCUGCCCAUGUGGGCCAGCAGGGCUUGUCCAAGCUUCCCUCCCGGCCUGGGGCCCAAGGGGUAGAACCCCAAAACUUGAGAACAUUACAGGGUCACAGUGUCAUUCGUUCAGCAACCAAUACCACCCUCCCACACAUGUUGAUGUCUCAGCGUGUUAUUGCACCAAAUCCAGCCCAGCUACAGGGUCAGCGGGGCCCGCCUAAGCCUGGCCUUGUACGGACCACAACACCCAACAUGAAUCCUGCCAUCAAUUACCAGCCACAGUCAAGCUCUUCCGUCCCCUGUCAGCGCACAACAUCCUCUGCCAUCUACAUGAACUUAGCCUCGCAUAUCCAGCCAGGAACCGUGAACAGAGUGUCCUCUCCACUCCCUAGCCCCAGCGCCAUGACUGAUGCCGCCAACUCACAGGCUGCAGCCAAACUAGCUCUUCGCAAGCAGCUGGAAAAGACGCUCCUGGAGAUCCCGCCUCCAAAGCCUCCUGCUCCCUUGCUUCACUUUCUGCCCAGUGCAGCUAACAGCGAGUUCAUCUACAUGGUAGGCUUGGAAGAAGUCGUACAAAGUGUCAUUGACAGCCAAGGCAAAAGCUGUGCCUCACUCCUGCGGGUCGAGCCCUUUGUGUGCGCCCAGUGCCGCACAGAUUUCACCCCCCACUGGAAGCAGGAGAAAAAUGGUAAGAUCCUGUGCGAGCAGUGCAUGACCUCCAACCAGAAAAAGGCUCUGAAGGCUGAACACACCAACCGGCUGAAAAACGCGUUUGUUAAAGCCCUACAGCAGGAACAGGAAAUUGAACAGCGAUUACAGCAACAGGCAGCACUUUCUCCUACUGCGGCUCCAGCUGUGUCCAGCGUCAGUAAACAAGAGACCAUCAUGAGACAUCACACCCUUCGGCAGGCUCCCCAGCCUCAGAGCAGCCUCCAGCGUGGCUUGCCCACAUCUGCCCGCUCCAUGCUCUCCAACUUUGCACAGGCGCCCCAGCUGUCUGUGCCGGGUGGCCUCCUUGGUAUGCCAGGUGUCAACAUUGCAUACUUGAACACUGGCAUUGGAGGACACAAAGCCCCCAGUUUGGCAGACCGACAGCGCGAAUACCUUUUAGACAUGAUCCCUCCCCGGUCCAUAUCGCAGUCCAUCAGUGGACAGAAAUAGCGCCUGGUCCACUUGCACUGCCCCAACCUCGAAUCCUUUGUCCUUUUUCUCUCCUAUCGCCCCAACUUCCGUCGCAUGCAGUGCCUGUACUGGUGCCUACCAUACACGGAAAGCAAAACUGAAAACAGAAGACAAAACUAGAAAUCAGCGAGAAAACACAACGCCCUGCCCCACCACCUCCCCUUUAUUUCACACUGCUGCGAUCUGUUCUCCUGCCGCUUUAUCUUCUCUCUCCGGUUUUCUUUAACAGUGAAAUGGAUCUUUGCCUCUGAUCGAGGUGAGGAUGAGGUCCUGGGAGAAUCUAAACCCUUUGACAUGUGUUUCUAAAGUUUGUUUUAUGCUGUUAGUAUUACCCUUUUUAAUUAUAUCGUAUGUCCUUUGUUCAAUGGACAGUUAAGUCUUUUCCCCCAGUCUUUUUCUUUUUUCUUCCUUUUUUUUCCUUAAAUGUAAAUGACGUUCGGUUCAACGAUGAGAGCAUUGCAGAUUGCAGUGGGGUCUCAGCUGCCAAGCAGGACGCGCCUGGGAGUGUGGGGCAGAGGUGUGGAAUGCACUUAACCAGGCUGCCAGUGGGUGGUAUCCCUGGAGCAGCAGCACCCCAGCCGUGGGUGUUUGGGCUGGACACUUGGGAAGCUGUGUUCUAGUGUUACAGCCAGGCUCUAAGAGCGAGGGGGAAGAGCCUGGAGGAAGAAGCUUUAUACAACCACCCGGAGUUCAGAGGGACAGGAAGAGGUGUGAUGGGAGCAUGGCCCUGAGCCGAGGUGGACUGAGGCCCCAGCCUUCUGCAUGGAGCAUGAAGACCGGCCCGAUCUCGUCGGGGCAUGAGUCUGUUCCAGGCCCGCGAGCCCAAAUUCUUUUCAUUUUGUGUUCUUGACAGAAUCGUCCCCACCCCACUCUCCCCUUUUUAAAAUCCCAGUGUUCCCCUUUAACCACAGCCCCAUCGGUGACAGGCUGAGUGUGCUGGCUUCUAGAAGCUGGAAUGGGCAUGAGUGAGUCCAGUGACCAGAGGAGGCAGUGGGGAAGAAGAGGUUUCUCUCAGCAGCUGCAGUUCUCACAUCUGUCUGUCCCUUCCCCUCCCAGAGAGUCGGGUGCAGUCUUGCUCUAACUGCGGGCCUGAG